GGGAGGGUGCGGAGCUCUACAGUCUGCGCUGGGCAGAAGGAGUGACGCACCGGGCAAUCCGUAGACAUGAAGAGAAAAGUGUGGCGGGUGUGUGUGUUUUUUCUCUUGGCCUCCUCGCUGCUACUUGUGUUAGGUCCACACCUGCUGGAUUACGGGGCAGAAAGCAAGGUGGAAGAGAAACGGAGACGAAGCCCUGCCCUGAAGAACGUCAACGCGCCCUUCUGGGAUUACAACAAACUGAAGAACGCGACGCCAAGGCAGGAGCGCCCGGUCACGAGGAGCCGCUCCAAGACGCACAUCUACGUGCACGCGACGUGGAGGACCGGCUCCUCCUUCCUGGGGGAGCUGUUCAAUCAGCACCCCGACGUGUUCUACCUGUACGAGCCCAUGUGGCAGGUUUGGCAGGCGCUCUACCCCGGGGACGCGCGGAGCCUCCAGGGGGGCGUCCGCGACAUGAUGAGCGCGCUCUUCCGCUGCGACUUCUCGGCGCUCAGACUUUACAUGGGCACGAGGAAUCUGAGCAUCUACUCCGUUUUCGGGUGGAAAACCAACAAGGUGAUCUGCUCGGAGCCCCUGUGCGCUCAUUACCGCAAGUGCGACGUGCAGCUCGUGGACGAACAGGUGUGCGCCAAGUGUCCCCCCAAGAACCUGGCGGAUCUGGAGAGGGAGUGCAGGAAAUACCCCGUGGUGGUCAUCAAAGACGUGCGCAUCGUGGACCUGGAGGCGCUGCUCCCUCUGAUCAGAGACCCCGAGCUGAACCUCCACGUGCUGCAGCUGUUCCGCGACCCCCGCGCCGUGCACUGCUCCAGGCUCGUGUCCAAACAUGCGCUCCUCAAGGAGAGCAUCCAGAUCCUGAGGACCAGGCGCCACCAGGGCACAUUGGGGAUCUCCCUCGGCAGAAAGGCGACCAAACGCGCCGAUCUGUACGUGGGGAACGCCAUAGAGCUCAUCUGUGACCACUGGCACAAGGACAUGGGCUUCGUGAAGGACGCCCCCGCGUGGGUGAAGAGCCGCUACGCGUUCGUGCGCUACGAAGACCUGGCUCUCGGCGCGGCGGAGGAGCUGCGCAGGCUCUACCGCUUCGCCAACCUCCGCUCCUCGCAGGCUCUCGAAGAGUUCGCGUUCAACAUGACCCACGGGGAAAAGUACAGCCUGAAGAAACCCUUCCUCAUCUCGUCGAGAGACGCGAAGGAGAGCAUGUUCGCGUGGAGGAACGGGCUGAGCGUGGCGCAGAUCAGCCUCGUGGAGCAGCGCUGCGGACAGGUGAUGCGCAGCCUCGGCUACCAGAACGUCAUCGUGGGAGAAGGUUAGAGGAGCUUCAGCCAGAACCACGGAACGCAGCUGAGAACGAAAGUCAGAGCAGAGGGGAAGAUGCAAUGAGAGAACGCUGGGACAGAGAACUGGGGCACUUGGGCACGGAGAAGCUGCAGCACAGACCCUGGCCAUGGUCAGGCAAAGGUCAUGGUCAGAUGUUCAAUCCUGAGGCUCAGCUGGACAAAGUGCGCAUAUACAGUAUGUGUGUUUGUGUGUGUGUGUAUAAACGACCCACUGGGAAAUAUUUUCCACUUCCCCUCCAGUGUUAUUAGACUUCGCUGUAAAAGGAGGAAGUAGAGGCCACAGGGUGUGGCCGGAAGCUGGCCGGUGUCCUGACAUGCGGCCUCAUCGUGCAUAAUCCUCCUAAAUCUGCUUCAGCAUGCAAGGGGCCUACGUAACCCAGAUAUCAAGAACAGCUCUGCCUUUGUGGCCUUGCAUCACUCCGUGCUCAGGUUCAGCCCUGCACCAUCCCAUCUGAAGUUACACUUUUUUCCACUAAACUCCAUAUCUUAUCUGUGCCUCCAUAUUUUACAUCUGAUGCAGAACUAUGCAGGCAGCGCCACGCCCUCGCCGCCGGAACACCGAAGCACAACCGAUGCCACUUUUGGACAGACGCAUAAGAGGCUGAGGAAGGCAAGGAGCGAGUGCAAAUCCUUGUUCAGCCUACCGACUAGCGACUCCUGACCCAGCCUAUUGCACCCUCCUUCCUGCUCCUUCCUUUGCCCUGUUUCCUGUUCCCUCUCCCAGUCCCUUUGUGCUCGUUUUGGAUAACCGACCUCUCGCCUGUUUACCGACCUCGUCUUUUUGGAUUCCCCUUUUGUUGACGUUCACCCGUCGGAAAACUUCACUUGCCCUCUGACUCCGACUUUGGAUUUCCCAAAUAAAAGCCCUGUGUA